AUGGGUUCGAAAUACCAUCAGGAAUCAUACCGGGAGUGGAUGGCAUCGGUCAAAAACCACCCCAAUAUCAUUGGCUCCCAUAUCCACAAGAACGGCUUGUAUUCUGAAAACGUCAUCGUCGACGCCGGCGCGAACAAAGGCGGCGUAAAGCGCUUCAUCAUCCCAGAGCCGGUCAUACAGUCCCAUGACAGCCUCUUGAAGGCCGCCAUCAACAAGAGUACCGUGAAGCGAGAAGACGACGGAAAGUACCUCAAGUUGCCUGGCAUCAGUUCGGAUGUCUUUGAGUUCUACGUUGAGUGGCUGUUCUCGGGUCGCUUCUUCAUUCUGCUCCCAGAUCGCAUUGAGCUUGGGAAGCCCGGCUGCGAGAAAACAGAAGCCGCCGAGUUGGAACGAUGGGUGUCUUGCUUCAGGCUAGCGACGGUGCUAAAGGAUGUCGAAUACCAGGACGCUUCCAUCGACGCACUGAUCGAGUGGAUAGAAGAGCUGGGAUCGGACGGAUACUCACUGAGGCUGAGCCUGCGUAUCGCCGAAGUAAUCUACACGAGUACUACGCCAGAUGCACCUUGUCGACUACUACCGGUGGAAGCGGCAGUGAAGAAGUGGUCUAGUGAAAUGUACAGACAGCUGCAAGACCAUCCGGAAACGAAGCAGAGAGGAACUGCGCUGGGGCAAUUCUACGGGGACUUGAUAGCACAACUCGCCAAGUGGAAGGACUUCACGAUAAAAGAGCGGAGGAACAAGACACAGGCCGAUUUCCCGUUUGUGAUCGACCUCGGGGCGACCUGCCAGUACCACCAGCAUGUUAAGCAGAGGGAGCCGUGCUACAAGAAGCGGCGGCCCUUCUAG